CUCAGAGUUGAUGACCCAUGACCCAGCUGUGGUAUGACGCAGUGUGAAAUGAAAGUGAAGAUUGUGUGUGGACAAGUUCAAAACAACCGAAACAUUUUUUAAACGAAGUAACAGAAUGGCAGCUGCACACCUCCCACCUCGCUCUUGUGACACCUUUGUGGCUCUCCCACCUGCAACAGUAGGAGAACGGAUUAUUUUUGGAAAGAAUUCAGACAGGCCAUGUGAUGAAGUUCAAGAGGUGGUUUACUUUCCUUCAGAAAGCCAUGAACCAGGAGCCAAGAUUGAGUGCACCUAUAUAGAGAUCGAGCAGGUGUCACACACUCAUGCUGUUGUACUGAGUCGACCUGCCUGGCUUUGGGGUGCUGAAAUGGGGGCCAAUGAGCACGGAGUCUGCAUAGGCAAUGAAGCUGUGUGGGGAAGAGAAGAGGCCAGUGACUCUGAGGCGCUGCUUGGCAUGGAUCUUGUCAGACUUGGUCUUGAAAGAGCUGACAGUGCCGAGAAGGCACUAGAAGUCAUCGCAGAGCUUCUUGAAAGACAUGGGCAAGGAGGAAACUGCAUGGAAGACGAAUCCAUAUUUACUUACCACAACAGCUUUUUAAUUGCUGACCGGAAAGAGGCCUGGAUUCUGGAGACAUCUGGGAAAUACUGGGCAGCAGAAAAAAUAGAAGAUGGAUUUCGCAACAUUUCCAACCAGUACUCCAUAACAACUAAAAUCGACCGAGAACACCCAGAUAUGAGGGACUAUGCUAAGAGCAAAGGCUGGUGGGAUUGUAAGAGAGAGUUCAACUUUGCUGUUAUUUAUUCGUACUUGAAUACAGCAAGAAUCGAUGCAUCUGGCAGCAGAUCCUGUGAAGGUCGCAAACUUUUAGAGAAAAAUAACGGAAAUAUAACCGUUGAAACGAUGAUGGACAUUCUCAGAGACAAAGAAAGUGGCAUAAAUAUGGAAGGUGGAUUUCUGACAACUGGAAGCAUGGCCUCUGUUCUGCCCAAGGAUCCCCGGCUGCCGUGUGUUCAUUACUUCACAGGAACACCUGAUCCUGCAAGGUCUGUUUUCAAACCAUUCAUCUUUGUGCCAAACAUUCAACAGCUGAAGAAAACACGCUCCCCUGCCUAUGGACCAGAAGAUCCAGUCAAGAAAAAGCCACGCUUUCAGUCAAAGCCAGACCGCAAGCAUGAAUUGUACAAGAAACAUGAAGUAGCAGCUGCAAUUAUAGAGUCAACUAAGGAAAGAGGUGAGAAUAUGCUGAAGAAGAUGAGAACAUUGGAGAAAGAAAAAAUUGCAGAAAUGGAGGAGAUUGCACAUAACAGUUUGAGAGAUUCUACAUUAGUAGUCAAUCUUUUUGCUGAAGCCAUAGAGGAAGAAUUGAAAGCUUAUAGUUAAAUUGAUUAAAGCACUUUUAACAGAACAUAGUUUAAAAAAAGCCAAAAUACUGAUACACAGUAGUCAUUAACAGUUAUGUACAGGAAAUGAAUACAAUUGAAACAAAUAAAUAAAUCACAAUGUUUUAAAACAUGUUGUUAUAAAUAAA